GAUCAGGGUCACACUACUUAAACUAGUAUGCCCGGAAAAUGAAAAUUGGCGGGAAAUCGUAAUGAACUAAAUGGAAGUUAUUGCAGACGAACAGGAAUUCAGUGCACUAUUCACAACAGAGGUGCUGUUAUAGCAAUCUUUUUAAGUAGCCUACGUGUUGUCUAUUAGAUUGUAGUUAAAUAUGGCUAGAACAAAACAGACCUGCAAAGCAAGCACUGGAGGAUCACAGUACUCAAGGGCAACAUUCUCAUCAAAUACUAGAAAAGCAAAGAAAAAGAAACCAAAACAAAAAAAGAGAUGGAUGGAAUCUGGAGCAUCAUUUCGAAUGGGCAGUUCAAGUUAUAUGAACUAUGGUGAUAUUGGGAGUUGUGAAGGAUUUAUGAGUUAUGGAGGAGCAGGGAGUUCAAGAACCUCGCAGAUGGCAACACCUGUAAUUGACCUUGAUGAGAUGGGUUAUGACGACCUGGAUACAGAAGUUCUCCUUGGUAGUAUACGUGGCAACAUUGUCGGUAUACAGUAUUACAGGGGUUCUGUAAUGAACAAUGAGAUGGUUGCUCUUGACAGAGAAAAAGACAAUAAGUACGACAGGAACGCUGUAAAGGUAACCAAUGUGGACCGUAUACAAGUUGGCCAUAUCAAAAGAGAACUGGCUAAACCAUUGGCAGAUAUUAUUGAUAGGAAUCUGGCAAGACCUGAAGGGGUUGUGCCCUUUGGAGCUACAAACGCUUAUUCAAUGCCCAUAGAUAUAUCGUUAUGGGGGAGACAAGAGAACCAGGAAACAGUGAUGAACAAGUUAAGAUUACAUGGGUUUACUGGUUAUACUCCUACAUACCAGGAAUCAAUACCAUCUUCCAGUAUGGGAUAUCUUGCUCCUAAAAGGACUUUCUUGUCACCUGCUGAGGUAAAGAAUGAAUUGGACAGAUUGUUUGAAAAUCUAUGUGAAGGUGACAAAACUAGUACUUCUGAUCCAGCAAAGGCAAUAGGAACUACUAUGUAUACCCACCAAAAACAAGCACUAUCAUGGAUGAUAGAGAGGGAAAAGGGAUCACAUCUUCCACCCUUUUGGGAAGAAAAAAAUGGGAGAUUUUACAAUUCAGUGACGAUAUUCACAACGAAUCAAAGACCAAAUAGUGUCAGAGGAGGUAUCCUAGCAGAUGAUAUGGGUCUUGGGAAAACUCUAGAAAUGAUUGCUCUUAUAGUGACAAACUUCAAAGAUAACAAACCCAUAGCAGUGCCAGUGUCUGGUCAAAUCAGAAAAUCCAAACAUCUAAGUAUUCUUAAAAAACAACAGAUGGUGCAAGAUGUUAAAAAAAGUAUUCAACCUUUUAAGAAAUUGAAAUUGAAUUUUACUAGUGAAUCUUCAAACUCGCCGUAUAAAAAUGGGCCUAUUAAUAAAACUAUAUCUAGAAAGAAAGUGCUAGGAUUAAGUUUUGAUUCCAACCUUCCAGAGGAAGAAGAAAGCACAGAUACUAAUUCUGAAGAAGAAUCUGAUCUAGAGGAAGUAACUUGUGAGGGAGAUGCUGCUUGUAUGUUAAAGAAAGAGGAUCCAGACUUUAAACCAGAUGUACAGGACUCUAAAGAAAAUUCAUCACCAUGUCAAAAUGCAAGACGACCAAGGAGACAGGUGAAAAGGCCAAUAAGAUAUGAAGAAGACAGUGGAUCAGAUGAAGAGUUUGGUGAAAUUAAAACUCCAAGUAAGAAAGUAAAGGCCAAACAAUCAGGUGAUGACAAACCCUACCACUCAACAAUUGCAAAAGGAAAAGGAAUUGGAAAAAAAGGAAAGGGAAAUUCCAAAUGUACAAAAAUAUCUCCUACUGACAUGACUGAUCAAGUUAUAUCCCAAGUUGUUGUAGAAACAAAGAAAGAAGUUAUUGAUUUGAUUUCACCAACACAAUCACCAGCGCCGACUGCAAGUAUUCCUUGUGAAAAGCAAAAGCCUACUCCAACUGUUGAUGUAUCCACAAAACAACCUGAUGCUGUCAAAGAAGACUGCAUACUGACUUUAUUGAAAAGUGUAGAAUUACUCCACUUAAAAGAAAUAUUUGAUAGAGAACAGAUUACCAUUGAUAUCUUGGUUGAAAUGGGGCAUGAAGAUUUGAGAAGCAUAGGUAUUGAUGCAUUUGGACAAAGACAUAAAGUUAUCAAGGCUGCUAAAAACUUUGUUAAUACUAGUUCAGAGUUGAAAAAAAAUGACCAAAAUACAGGAUGUAAUAUGAAGAGUGAACCUAUCCUGUCUGUAGAAGUACCAGCCUCAAUUACAUGUUGUGAUGACUUACCUGACCCUUCAGAACAACCUGUCAUGAUUUUGGAAUCAGAUCCUUUGGAUGAUUUAGAAGUGUUAGGUGGUAAUGCUUCCUCUAGUGAGUGUGGUUCUGGAACAGGAAGAACUGAGACAACUGGACCAAGAAGUACUCUUAUCAUUUCACCAUUGUCUGUUCUUAAUAACUGGCUGGACCAGUUUGAAGAUCAUAUCCAUGAAAAUGUGCAUCUUGAUAUAUACACAUACUAUGGGGCGAGCAGAACUAAAGAUCCCAAAAUUAUUGGCCAACAAGAUGUAGUAUUGACUACUUACUCUACAGUUACUGCUGAUGCAAAGGGAAAAAACAACCCACUGCAGAAGGUGGAAUGGUUGAGGAUAGUAUUGGAUGAAGGACAUGCUAUAAGAAAUCCAAAUGCACAGCAGACAAAAGCUAUUUGUGCUCUAAAAGCAGAAAGAAAAUGGAUUUUGACAGGUACUCCUAUUCAAAAUUCCAUGAAGGAUCUUUGGUCACUGGUUAACUUUCUACAGAUCAGUCCAUUUACAGAUAAACAAUGGUGGAACAGAGCAAUAGAAAGACCCCUAAAUGAGGGAAAUGACAAUGCUCUUAAACGAGUCCAGCAUCUUAUGGGAGCAAUAGCUAUGAGGAGAACAAAGACCAUGAAGAUAAAUGAUAAACCAAUUGUAGAUCUACCUGAAAGGAAUGUUUUCAUUGAACAUGUCCAGUUGAGUGAAGAGGAAAGAUCAGUUUACGAGGCCAUGCAGAAGGAAGGAAAAAUAAUUGUCAGCAGGUACUUCACUCAAGGUACAUUGCUUCAUAACUAUGGUGAUGUUUUGGCUAUAUUGAUGCGGUUGAGACAGAUGUGUUGCCAUCCACUUCUUGUUGCCAAAGCAGCAGCAGCAAUUCAGGAGACUGUUGGGCACCUUGAACCAGGGCAGGCCAUUCCUGAUCAUUUGAGAGAAAAAUUAAUCGGCAAAUUGUUGUUGGUUUUAGGAUCUGGUUCGGAUGAAGAAUGUGCCAUCUGUCUAGAUGGUCUGAAGGAACCUGUUAUUACUCAUUGUGCACAUGUCUUCUGUAAGAGAUGCAUUGAUUCUGUGAUUCAGGCAGAAAAGCCACAUCCACAUUGCCCAUUAUGUAGAGGAAAUGUAGAUACAGACAAAUUGCUUUCACCUUCAGUGGAAGAGUUAAAUCAGCAGAAAGACACAGAACAAUUGGAUAUUAGUGCUAAUACUUGGAAAUCUAGUGCUAAGGUUGAUGCCUUGAUCAAUGGCCUGUUGAAGUUGAGACAAGAGGAUCCCACAGUUAAAAGUUUGGUUGUUUCACAAUUCACUUCCUUGUUGUCACUUAUAGAAAUACCUUUAGGUAUGCAUGGAUUUAACUUUGUGAGGUUGGAUGGAACUAUGAGUUUGAAGCAGAGACAGACAGCUAUAAUGCAAUUUAGUAACAGCAGUUAUGGUUCACCUACCAUUAUGUUGCUAUCUCUAAAAGCUGGUGGAGUUGGGAUCAACUUGAUAGCAGCUUCCAGAGUAUUUCUAAUGGACCCUGCCUGGAAUCCAGCUACAGAGGAGCAGUGUUUUGAUAGAUGUCACAGACUUGGCCAAACCAGGAAUGUUACAAUAACAAAAUUUGUUGUUGAUGACUCUGUAGAAGGCAGAAUGAUGGAUUUACAGGACAAAAAGAGGAAAUUGAUGCAGGGGGCUUUUGGCAAGAAACAAAGUGCAGAGGAAAAAAGGACAAAUCGAAUACAAGAUAUAAAAGCUUUGAUGGAUAUGUAAACCUGAGCAGGGAAUGACUCUUCAUGUCUUAUGCAUAUUGUAUAGGGUGUAUUAUGCAUAUUGUACAAUGUGUCUUAUACAUAUCGUUUAACACGUCUUAUGCAUACUGUUAAACAGUGAUCACCAUCAGAUGCCAUUCAUUAGAUUGGACAUUUCGUAAUAUUAAUUAGUUUGUUUACAUAUUAGUUACAUUAGGUAGGUAACAAUUGUGGAAAGUGAUAUAUUUUAUGGGGUUUGAAUGCAAUUGUUUUAAGGUGCUAUUAAAAAGGUGAUAUUUCUUAUGUCAUAUUCACUGUUCAUUGGUCGAUGUGAUUACUUAGUGCUUUUUAUACAUAGUGCAAGUUAUUUUAUAUGAAUACUUUAGGUUGAUUUUACAUUCAUUGUAUUCUCCUUUGUAUGGCACAAUAUAGGAAAGGUAACUCAAGAAUGUUCGUUUUUUUAAUUAAAAUGGCCCUGUUUUUUUCAAUUAAAUCAAUAUGCGGCUGAUAUGCAAAAUAAAUCUUCCAUAUUCAGUCAACAUUUAAUUACUUGAAACCUCAACUGCGGUAGAUAUUAGAAGAAAUAAAAAAUGAUUACAUUGAAAAUAUGCCCAUUUGAUAAUAGUUAUGAGAGAAACAUUUUAAGAUGCAUGCACUCACAAAAAAGGUAGUUUUAUAUCCAGGUGGAACUUAUAUUAUAUUAAUGUAAUAUCCCUAUCUUUGAUUUUGUGUGAGGCCACAACAGCAUGUUAUCUUGCUUCUGCCAAAUUAUAACUGAAAUACCUUUUCCAGGAACAUAUAAGGAGAUCUUCUUUUAUUAGGAUUAACAAUCAAAAAGUGCCAAUAAAAUACAUUAUUGUAGGCAUUUUGAGGUAUUAAAAAUUAUGUUUACAUGAAAACCAAGGAUAUCUUUUUAAGCCUAAUGCAAAAAGUAUAUAUGUGCUGUUAAUUUUUUACAAAUUCUUUUUAAUUGUUGAGCCUACACAUGAUACAGUUUGUCUAGAAUUUAUUGCAUUGUAUCUCAAUUCUAAAUUAAGAAACAUUUUAUUUUAAGAUUAAACAUCAAAUUGAUAAGCAAAAGAAAAGUCAUUC